AUGGCUCCUUCUAAAAUUGUGUACUGCAUGACUUGCAUGGCAGUUGGCGCUAGCGCCUUUGCCCCUGCUGUUCCUUCCUUCGCGGGUGUUGCCGUUGCAGGAAAGGCCAGUGUCACAGUUAACCAUGCUUCUGGAUGUGCCUGUCCGAGCUGCAGCCGAGCAUCGACCCAUGGAGCCAACUGCCUUUGCAGCGGUUGCGUCAGUGCUCACUCUGCGGGAUGUGCCUGUGCUGCCUGCAGCAAGUCCGCUUUGUCUGCUCAAAGGCACGGAUCCGACUGCCUCUGCAGUGGAUGCGUGAGCCCCCAUGCUUCCGGAUGCGCUUGUGCUAGCUGCAGCCGAGCAUCUGCACAUGGAGCCGGAUGCGUCUGCAGUGGAUGUGUGAGUGCCCACCCUACUGGUUGUGUCUGUGCUGCCUGCAGCUAA